UCCCACCCCCGCCAGCAGCGCGCUGCGAGCUCCCAGCCGCUCCGCCUCCCGCCGCCGCCAUGCUUUCCCCCGCGGCGCUCCGCCGGCCCCUCGCCGCCGCCGCCCGCCUCGCCCGAGGCAGUCCUCAGGUACUCGCAUCUCUUGCUACAGGGCCCAGACAGAAUAAUGGCAUUUUCUAUGAAAUUCGCAUGUAUGACAUUAAGCCAUCAAAGAUGAAGGAGUUUGUGGAAUUGGUUCAUAAGUGCCUGCACCUGCGCACAGCUCACUCAGAGCUAGUGGGAUUCUGGACAGCAGAACUGGGAUCAAUGAACAAGGCUGUGCACGUCUGGAAGUAUGAUAACUUUGCCCACAGAACAGCAGUCCGGCAGGCACUAGCCAAUGACAAGGAGUGGCAGGGACAAUUCAUCUCUCCAGCUCUUCCCCUUAUAGAAAAGCAGCACAAUGAAGUUGCUUAUCUGGUACCCUGGUGUCAGCUUGGGAAACCUCCAAAGGAAGGGGGUGUGUAUGAAUGGGUUACUUUUCAAAUGAAGCCUGGUGGGCCAGCUCUGUGGGGUGAGCCAUUUCAAGGUGCAAUCAAUGCUCACAUCAACACAGGCUACACCAAGCUAAUUGGUGUUUUCCACACAGAGUAUGGGUUACUUAACACAGUCCAUGUGAUCUGGUGGAAUGAGAGCCCAGAUCACCGGGCAGCGGGAAGGCACAGGGCCCAUGAAGAUGCCAGAGUGGUAGCAGCUGUACGGGACAGUGUCAGAUUCUUGGAAUCCCAGCAGAAUAUGCUCCUGACUCCUCUGGCAUGCUCGCCUCUGAAGUAGCCUACUGAAUGAUGGUGGAAAAGCUGAGAUGGAUGCCCCGUUGGCAAGUACCGUUGCAUGGAUCAUCACAGUCAUACUCUCACAAACUGUAUGGAUUUUCUUCAGAGUGGAUGCAAAAUGCUGAUCACUAUCACAGUAAAAUUCAACACCCCUAUAGUUUAUCAUGAUGGUCCGACAUCUCCAGAAGUAGAAUUCAGGUCACAUCACUUCCAACAUGAAACUUAACUUUACAGAUCUUUAAUUUAACCCCUUCACUUUUUAAUAUUUUUUUCUGCAUAGCUGCUAGGGCCCAGUGAGUGAAAUGCUCUUUUGCAAGGUUACAGCUUAGGUCAGGUGACUUUUGUAAUCAUCGCAUCAUGGGUAUUACAUACUGGCUUAAGGAGUGCCCCCAUAACUGCUCAUAUCACAAUUACACUUUAAUCAGACUUCUCGUUGGGAUGCUUUGUAUUAAUUCUUAGUAAUGUAAAACUUCAUUGUGCCUGGAAUUGUUUCAAGCAGAUGCUGUAGUGUAGCUGGUUAGGUGGUGUUCUGAUUGACUCUUCCCUAACCUCAGCCCUUUAAUUUUAUAUUCUGUAAACACUUCUUUAAGAAGUUUUGAUUAUUUUAAUACUUCUUCAGGGUGCUAAAAUUAUCUAUCUCAAAUUCACCUAAUCUAUGCAUCUUUAUCUCUUUGAAAUACUGUUUGCCAGACUGUUGAAAACCAAAUAAAUUUGUAUAAAGUGAAAGUUAUGGUGUUUGCCAGUCAAGCUCUUACUGUUUUGGACCUCUAGUAAAAACCAUUCUGCAAGUACAGGCUUCUGCAGGCUUUGCAUUUUGGGCAUCCGUGGUCAUGGAGCCCUUAAGAUGUUUUUUUAUUUGCUGCAGCGUGUAGCAGCAGAACAGAGGUUGCACAGACUGUGAAGUUGGUUGCACUGUGUGUAUACCGGUAUGAAAGCACCCCCUGCUGAACGACUGUCCUUUCAUCUGAUGUUAGCUAAGAUAAAGGGCAUUUCAAACCUUUAUGCUCUAACACAACAUUUUGCCUUGUCAGUGAAAUUAGGUGUUGAAUAUUUAUAGCAAAGAGCAGUUAUCAAUAUGGCUGCAUCUGUGUGAUGGAAAUAUUCUGGGGCAAGUACCUGACUUUGGGUUUAACAUCCAGAUAGGUCUGUGAUGCCUAGAAGCUGUGUAGCUGAAUUUGACAAUUGCACAGAUUACCUUCUGCUCGAUUUGUUGGAGACCCUUUUUAUUAAGUAAAUGUAGAAGCUUAAAGCAGUGCUUGCCUUUCAAAUCUUGGACCAUCUCACUUACCUACCGUGUAGGUGUGCCCCAUGUUAAUCUUUGGUGAUGC